AUGUCUACGUCAAAUCUCCUCGUCACUCUCUUCAUCUUGUCGAUGACUCUCUCUUCAUCCACUAACCCUAAACACUUCACCGUCAAACUCAUCCACCGUGACUCUCCUCACUCCCCACUCUACAACCCACAAACCACCCUCACCGACCGUCUCAACGCAGCUUUCCUCCGCUCCAUCUCGCGUUCCCGCCGCUUCAACCACCACCCCCAAACCGAUCUCCAGUCCGGUCUAAUAGGAGCAGGAGGCGAGUUCUUCAUGAGUAUCACCAUCGGUACACCACCAACGAACGUCCUCGCGAUAGCCGACACAGGAAGCGACCUAACAUGGGUCCAAUGCAAACCAUGUCAACAAUGUUACAAAGAGAACGGUCCAAUCUUCGACAAGAGCAAGUCCUCCACUUACAAGAACGAGCCUUGUGACUCACGUAACUGCAACGCUUUAUCUACCAACGAACGUGGAUGCGAUGAGUCACACAACGUAUGCAAGUACCGUUACUCGUACGGAGACCAGUCCUUCACCAAAGGAGACGUUGCGACAGAGACUAUCUCCAUUGGCUCGGUUACAGGGUCCCCUGUCUCUUUCCCCGGAACUGUCUUCGGUUGCGGCUAUAACAACGGAGGAACCUUCGACGAGACUGGCUCCGGGAUCAUCGGUCUCGGUGGUGGUGAUCUGUCACUAGUUUCACAGCUUGGUACGUCGAUUUCAAAGAAAUUCUCUUAUUGCUUGUCUCACAAGUCUUCUACAAUAAAUGGCACAAGCGUUAUAAACCUAGGAACAAACUCGAUUCCUUCCGUUACAAGUAAAGACUCCAACGUGUUAUCAACUCCUUUGGUCGAUAAAGAGCCGAAGACUUACUAUUACUUAACCCUAGAAGCUAUCUCCGUCGGCAAAACAAAGAUUCCGUACACCGAAAGCUACGAAACAUCCUCGGAGACAACAACUAAGGGAAACAUAAUCAUCGACUCAGGAACUACACUGACGCUACUUGACUCUGGUUUCUACGACAGUUUUGGCGCGGCGGUGGAAGAGUCCGUAACCGGGGCCAAGCGUGUGAGUGAUCCAAAAGGGCUUUUGUCACAUUGUUUCAAGUCAGGGAACGCGGAGAUAGGUUUGCCGGAGAUAACUAUGCAUUUCACCGGCGCUGACGUGAAGCUGAGUCCUCUCAACGCGUUUGUGAAAGUGAGUGAAGAUAUGGUUUGCAUGAGUAUGAUUCCGACCACUGAGGUUGCUAUCUAUGGGAACUUUGCUCAGAUGGAUUUUUUGGUUGGGUAUGACUUGGAGACUAGAAGGGUGUCGUUUCAACGUAUGGACUGCUCUGCAGAUUUGUGA